AGCAAAGCAGUACUAUAUGUCUGCUGGUACAGAUCAGGGCAACAUAAAAAGAUCCUGAAAACCACAUUUUCACAAAUCCAAUGGAUGAAAACACAAAGGAAGCAUGGAAGGACAAGGAACAUACAGGACUGAAGAAGUAAGAGCAUUGCUUUCCACAGCCCAUCCACAGCUUUUUUCACCUUCUCAAGCAAGCUUAAUUCCACACCUGCACCUGUCCCAAGAGGAAUUGGAGACUGUUCCUUUAAAAAACAAAAAAGCCAACAACAAAACAAAACAAAAAACCAAACCAACCAACUAAAAACAAAAACCAAAAAACAGUGAAGGUCACUAAUUUGGGAACUCAUUGGCACCAGCUGACUGCAAGGAGCCACAGCUACUAAAUAGGUGUGAGCAGUGGUGGGGAAGAUGUUAGAGAGAAGUAGUGCUGUUUGGUAAUCUGAGGUGUGAAUUAAAAAGAACACAGACUGAGCUGGAGAAGUCCACAAGUGGGAAGAAGCUGCACAAAGAACUUUAGGAGAGUCAGCCUAGGAAGAUAAUGCUGGACUGGAGAGAGGCAUCCCUAUUUCCACCAGAAGCCUGGACCAGAACUCAGAGUAAAGAAAGGACUUGGAGUGCUGUGCUGUGCUACUGAGAGACCACACUGAAGAAACAGCUUGGGUUCACCUUGUUGCUGCAUACUGGGAAGCAACUGGCAGCCCUGCUGAGUUAAUGUGGUGGUCCCUGGGCUCAAGGACUUGGCACAGAGAACCUGUUGCAUUGAACCCGGUCACGCUGGAGAUGGUGGAAAGGCUUAAGAUCAAGUUCACAGACCUCAAAUUGUCUGCUUUUGCAUUUCUCUGCUGUUUCCUGUGGAGAUAUUCCUCGGUGACUCCCUGCAAUGACACUCAUAAAGACAGACUAUUAAAUAUGAAUCACAGAUGCUCUGAAGAAUUCCCUGAUAUUGCUACCAAAAGGGAGGUGGAGGAAUUAAGAGAUAGCCAGCUGCUGCCUGGGAACAAUUUCACAAAUGAAUGCAACAUACCUGGAAACUUCAUGUGCAGCAAUGGGCGCUGUAUCCCGGGGGCCUGGCAGUGUGAUGGGCUGCCAGACUGCUUCGAUGACAGCGAUGAGAAGGAAUGCCCAAAAGCCAAGUCCAAGUGUGGUGCCACCUUCUUCCCCUGUGCCAGUGGAAUCCACUGCAUCAUUGGCCGCUUCAGGUGCAACGGCUUUGAGGACUGUCCUGAUGGCAGCGAUGAGGAAAACUGCACCAAUCCCUUGCUUUGCUCUACUGCCCGAUUCCACUGCAAAAAUGGUCUUUGCAUUGAUAAAAGCUUCGUGUGCGACAGUCAAAAUAACUGUCAAGACAACAGCGAUGAGGAAAGCUGUGAAAGUCCUCAAGAGGCAGGCAGCGGCCAAGAUUACGUGACCUCAGAAAAUCAGCUGCUCUAUUACCCCAGUAUUACCUACGCUAUCAUUGGUAGCUCUGUCAUUUUUGUGCUCGUGGUGGCCUUUCUUGCCUUAGUCCUGCAUCACCAAAGAAAACGCAACAAUCUCAUGACCCUGCCGGUGCAUCGCCUGCAGCACCCUGUGCUGCUGUCCCGGCUGGUGGUCCUUGAUCACCCACACCACUGCAGCGUUACCUACAACGUCAACAAUGGGAUCCAGUACAUGUCCAACCAGACCUACCACAGGCCAGAGGAUCUGGACUCGCCUCCGUCCUAUUCAGAGGCUGUGCUGGACCAAAGACCACCUUGGUUUGACCUUCCUCCACCCCCUUAUUGUUCUGAGUCUGAAUCCCCUAAUCAGCCAGAUCUCCCUCCUUACCGGUCUCGGACAGGAAGCAUGGUGAGCACAGACACCCCCACAGCUGGAAGCCCUCUGGGCACAGACAGCGGUUGGACGAGAGACGUUCAUGAGAGCAUGGAUGGCCACAGAACCCUUCUUGAGAGGACAGCAGAUCCAAGCAAUUCUCUGGUCAACCAUGUUGAUGAAAGAGAAGCGUAACUGCUCCACUGUUUGGGAUGGACAAGAAGAGAUGCUCUUUUUCUAGUCCAUGUGGGUUUAUUUGCUGUUGCUAUAAGGUUCAGGCAGACGUGUGCCUGAAUAACGACUUGAUUUGUGUCCACGUUAAGUUAAUUUUUUAAUUCAGCAUUUUGUGCUCAUCAGAGACAGAGCUGUGAGAGCUGAAUGUGGAGUUGCAUCAGUUCUUGACAAUAUUCCUGCAAGCAGGUUCCAGUUCAGACUAGCAAGGGAAAUGGUGCUAUGCUGAAGAACUGAUGUGCUGUAUUUCUCAGAAUAUAUACUGUAUUUGAAUGUAUAUAUGUGCAUGUGUAAUAUUGACAAACGUUGCACGCAAAAGCUAUGCCGGAUCUCUUGUUUCUAGACUGCUUCCUGUCCUCUGUGAACUGUUUCUUCCUGCUGCCUAGUGCCAGGUGGUGGUCAUUGAAGCACGAGAGAAGCAGCCCUUCAGGAGGAAAGAAGCCCAGGGCUAAGCCCACUGGCAGCACUCAAAUUGCAGAAGAUAAUGUAUAUGGCCCUUCUCUUCCUUGCUUAGAACUUUCUCCUUGUGAAUGUAACUUUCAUUUUUAGCUUGUGACGAUGCAACAGCUCUAUAACUGUACAAACAAGUGUUUUUUGUUUUUAUUCCUCUGCCCCAAUGCUAGUAUUGAGGUCAAAUUUGCAUGGAUUUUCUCAGGAAAACCACAGAGGUUGGCUCAUCUGUCAAACAUCAGGCUGACUGUGGAGGCAGUGAAGCUUAACACACCAGCUCAAGAUUUCAGACGUGGCAAAACAACAUCACUCUAUGUUUCUUCUUAAAAAUAAAAAAUAAAAGUUAAAAAAUAACAAGCAAACAAAACCAAAACUUUUCCAGCUACAUCUUCAACACCAAAACCGGCCUGAAGCAAAUCCAUCGUGGAAAACUUCUGUGUGGAUGACUAGUUUGUUUAAUUUCUGAAACAACUGAAGGUGGGUGAAAGGUUUAGGGCUUGUCAGCAUAUGGUCAUGUAUGGAUACACGUGUUUAAUACUGUAUGUAUGUAUAUACGUCAUGUAUUGCAUAAGUUUACUUCUGUUUGUAUCUGUAGAACUUCAAAAUCUUGACAUUUUUCUUAUGAUGUUCUCAUUGCUUUUUCUUAAUUGUUUGCCAUUAUUCGUAUUCAUUUGGUUCAAAUUCUAGUUUCUUCAGAUAAACAGAAUUACUUUUAUCUAUUUUGAGUUUUUCUCUUUUAAUUCUUAGAAUGGUCUCCCAUGAAAUAUGUUUCAGUGCGCAGUGCUGAAUCACCCACAAGAAAGCAACUCAAAGGUAAAGGUUUUCAGAGUGGAAAGAGGGAAGGUAAACUCUGAAUUUUAAUGCCUCUGCAGUGCUGUGCUUGCACUUAAUAUACAGAAGAGAAUGCAGUGAAUUUUUUCUUGUCCGGAGGGAAAUUGGUCUUGAGAAAUUAUUUCUGUUUGUCUAUUAGCACAUUUCCCACUUCUCAUCUUCCAAGUAAUGAACACUGUCAUUAAACAGGCUUUGCUGUUUAAUGGAAAAGAGGGAAACUACUGUUCUUCCAAAGCCUCUGCUUUUUUUCCUCCCUAUUUAAGGUAACAUCUUUCUCCCAAAGGUUAGAUGCUCGAGACUCAAGAAUUCUUGAGUGUGGGUGUAGGUAAUGGAGUGAUUAAAGUUCAGUCUCAGUUCCAACACAUAAAACUGAAUUGGUUUUGUGUUUGUUUUUGUUUGUUUUUAUUUCCAUAUCUGAAGUCAUCUGACAUGAUAUGUGGGAGGCAGGCACCAGAUGGAUUUACAAGCAGCGGUCCUUCCAGGGCUGAGGUGACACAGUGCGGACACUGUAAAACUGUAGUGCUGAUGGUCUUGGCUUUAUUUGGAAAUAAAUUAACAGCAGCUUUUCCUUAAGGGCUUAGGCAGCCUAUUCUGAAGUGCACUGAAGAAGACGCUUCUUGUCCUUGUAAAACAACAUGCAAGCCACGGUCAGAUUCCAUUCUUGGUGGGAGCUCAAGCAGUAUAGUUAGACUGUCAUGCACGAAGCAGGAUUUGGCUAAUUCAUCAGUCCUUGCAAAUUGGUAGGCAGACUGUUGUCAUUGUCACAUAAAUAGUUGCUCUAUAUUUUAUAUGCAAGUCAAACUUGAGUAUAGUUGAUGUGACAGCAUAUGUGGGCAUGGGAAUGAGUGCCAAACCCUGCUGUCCCUGUUGUUGCCUUUGUGUAGGGAUCUGCACAGCCUUCUGUAAGCAAACAAUGUAAUACAUUAACGAAAUUAGCCUUAUUUUUCUAUUGCAGUUUUUGAAACAUUUUAUUAGAUUUCAGAACUUGCUACUGAAAAGUUUACAGUGGUUUCAUUAGACUUUCAUUUUUCCUGUUUGAAUAGCCUAAAGCUGUAUUAGUGAAACUAACCGUUGUGUCCUGUGUAACUUAAGUGGCACAUAUCCCUCUUGCAGGCCUUCCAUGGAAGACUGUAUUUCACAUGUCUUCUGACACACAGUAUAUGCAAACCAAACAUGUUUGCCUUCAGAAUCAAAAAAACGUUAUCUUGCAUUGCCAAGAAGUAGGAAAAGAGUGGAAAUAGCCUGCUGCUUCUGUCUGUGUCAGUCACUGUCGUUUAUGUACAUAUAUAUAUAUAUAUAUAUAGAAGAUACACUUUCAGGUUGUAUAUAUUCGUGUCACUUUUGCAUUAAGAUAAUCCAUUUGGACUUUAAAAAAAAAAAAAAAAGGAAAAAAAGGAAGAAGCAUUCUAAGUGGUGUGAAUUUUUCCCUUCCAGCUAAGGGUGUAUUUAUCUUUGUAUAGGAAUCUUUCAGUUUUUUAGAAUUCACGUUAUAAAAGGAGAUUGUGCCUUUCUGACUGUAUGUUGGUUUGGGGGGGCUGUUGUUGUAUAUCACAGUCUAGAAAUCCAAAAAGAGAAACAAGUCUUGUCUUCCUCUUUGUUGUUAAUUUUGGGGACCACUUUGAGAAGUACAGGAGCUCAGUAUCUCGUUCCAGAAAGGCAUGCUAAAACUUUAAGGAAAGUUUUCAUCUUACUCCAGUUUUCUGCUAGCUGUAACAGAUUUGCUAGCUGGUUUCUUUGGAGAUUGCUGUAGUAUCAUACUGAAAUUGUUUAUAAUAUGUCACUUCUGGUAGUGUUAGUACAGCACUGUGCUGCAUUAUUUAGUGGAAUCUUUGGAGAAGCGUGGUAGCAACAACUGCACUGAUUAAAUUAAAUAUUUCAUUGAAAAUCCUGCAGUUCCUUCAUCUUCAUCUUGUAAGGUUGAAGCUAAACGUUCAUGAAGUGCCGUGUAGUGGGACUUCUGUAGCUGGUGAAGUUGGAAUUAAUCAUUCUAUUGUUUGUGAUUGCUCUUAACCUUUUAAUUUGAGGUGCGUCCGCCAGGAGCUUUCUCUUAUACUUAAUAUUUAAACAAAUUAAUGUUCUUUCAAAGGCCGAUUCUUGCACAAGUAAAACAGAUUUCUCCAGAGCCAAGUUCUGAUUCCUGAUCUGUAUUCAGUAGUGACCACAGUAAUGAGUAGUUCCACUAAGAGCAGGGAUUAAUUAAUAAAUUUGAUUUCAAUAAAACAGUUGGAAGAAAUGAUUGCUUGAGGUAAAUAAAGGAAUUGGGUUUAGGCUGUUGGAAAUAAGGUUUGGAUUAUUUUUGAAAACCGUGUAUUUAAAUUUCAGAAGUUUUGAUUAUCUUUAACCUCUGUAGAAGUCAGAGUGCUGUGUAUUUUAAAAUGAAGCCAUUAGUGAAUCUGCUUGAUAAUAAGAUGAAGUUCCUUGUAUGGCAAAUUAUAAUUUACUCUCUGGUAUUGUGCUAAUGGAAAACUGGCAGUAAUGUUUUUGCCUCUGAACAAUUUUCUCUGCUUGUGUCUGCAGUGGCAAUACAUGACAGUGCUGUGACUGCACUGCAAUUUUUAAGUAACUCUGCAUUGGUUCUUCCUCUCCUUUUAAAUCAGUUUUAUUUACACCACUUCACUUUGAUACAGCUAAUGGGGCCCUUGUGAUAGAUUUAGAAGUUGGGUGGAGGAAAGAGAUGAUGACUCUCAUAUUAAUUAAUGCUGCAGCUUGUUAAUCUUGUGUGCUUUACUUUUUAGACAUCUUAGAAAAGACAAAUGGUUUUAGUAGAUAAGAAAAACUAUUAAUGAUGAAGAGGAUAGAGGGACACUGAUUCUGAAUUUAAUUUUAAUGAAUAUUUAAAAUUGUCUAAAUGAAGGAAGAAUUUAAUGCUGUCUUUUUAAAAGUGGUGAUCGAAUGGCAAGUACUGUUUUUAACUGUUGCUCAUUGGAAGCUAUUUUGCAUAUAUGCCUGGAACUAAAAUUGUAAUCAAGUGCUCUUCUUGCAGUUCAUAUGAGACCUGAAAUAUGUUUGUUAGCACAAGGCUGUAUUGCAUUUGUGGACUAAAAUAUGUAACUGCAGAAAGAAUUUCAGUACCAUGCUGGAUUCUGCUUGGAAUGUAUCUCAAUACAAAACUGUGGCCUUUGUUUGUCCCUUUUUUACUGGUUUGAGGGUUCUUUUCCACUUGAAAUUAAGAUAUUGUAUGAGAGCUUUAAGGGAAGCUGUGUGUUGAAACCCAACCUUGUCUUAAACUUUUGUAAACUGGAUAUCCUCAAAAAUGUAUUCUGUAUUCCUGAAUAAAGUUGGUGUUUUAAUACUG